UCUUAGAACAAGAAGCCCCCUCUUCAGAAACACCACUUGCUUCCCCUCUUCACAAACCCUAACAAUCAUCUUCAUCUUCAUCAUCUUCUCUUGCAGUUGUCUACCCCCAAAAUAACUACCCCAACAUCACUCGCUCGGCUCAUUCAAGCAAUUGCUCUGUUUUUCCGCACUUCCUGUGGCUAGCUGGUGUUCGCUUCGCUACAUCACCUCUAGCUUUUGAGGCCUUCGUCACUCCGGCGCGAUUGCAGGCGGCUCUUUCCGGCGCGACUGCAGGCGGCUCUUGCUUGUCGUUCGAUUUUUUUCAUCUCCUGUGACUCACCAGCUCUCUCUCGGCUCUCAGUUCACUCUCCCGUCCGCCCGUAUAAACGUGGAGGUCACAUGCGUGGUGCGGUAUCACAAAGAAGACCAGCCCCUUCACCUUCCUCGUCCUCGUCCCCGGUCCUUUCCUCUUCCCCUGUCCUUUCAUCUAACCCUCAACCACUACAUGUUGAUGGACAACAUGGACACAUUGGCCCAUCCUCCGAACCUGAAGAACAUAUUUCAGUUCCAUCUCCUUCGAUUGCAUGUCCUUCGGUUCCACCUUCUUCUUCAGUGCAACACUCGAAUGUUGAAGAAGAUAGCCGAUUCAUGAUAUGCCCAUGUGGAGAUUCAUUCACGGAUGCCACCUAUGUUGUGAGGGAACUUAAUAAAAUAGUCAAUAACUGUUGGAUGGGGCAGUAUAUUAGUUUCAGCAGUGCUCCAAAAGAAGUAAAGAAUUUGUGGUGGAAUGAGUUCAAGGAAAAAUAUGAUGAACUUUUAAUAAGCACUGCUAGUGGUGGUGAUGGUGAUGAUGGUGUUGCUGCGUCUGAGCCAUCGGUUGACAGCAUGGCAUUAUGGCUGGAGGCAUCGGGUGGGAUGAAAGGAGGAAAAAUAUUUGGGAUGGGAUCUUUGUCAAGGGCAUACACAACGAAGGGUGCUGCAACUUCAUCCUCCAAUGCGACUGUUUCAAGGAGGACACGACAUGAGGAGCAAAUGACCCAAGAAUUGAGCCAACUGAAAGAUUUACUUGUACAAAAGGACGAAGAAUUCAAACAUUUACUUGUACAGAAGGACGAAGAAAUGAGAGGAGUGAAACAACAAAUGCAAUUGAUCUUGCGACACCUCAACAUCGAUCCCGAUGAGGUUCCUCCUAUACCUCUCAAUAAUCCAAUAGGUGAUGGGCACAAUGAUGAGCCACACAAUGAUAAUGAGAUUGCUGCUGAUGAUGAUGACGAUUUUAUUAGCAGUCCUCGCUAGUUCAUUCUCUUCGGGGUAUGUACUAUUCUCAUCUUAUGAACUUAGGAUUUCCAAGAAGGCAUUGGAGCACCUAUAUUUCUCUUGACAUCUCAAGUUGGUGGUCUAGGCCUCACCCUUACAAAAGCAGACCGUGUGAUUGUUGUCGAUCCAGCAUGGACUCCAAGGUACUACUGCUUAUUCGAUUGUCGGCCAUGAAUUCAUCUACUUUUGCAAGUACAUGAAAGAGGAAAGAAGUAAAGAACUUUUUUCUGUUAUAUUGUAAGGGCAUAUUCAAUGCCAUUCCUUUAUUAUGGGACUAUUAACUGUUCCACAACUUUUAAGUACGAAUCUGUGUACUGCUUGAGUUCUAACCCAUACUUGUCAUGGGUAAUAUCAUUAUGGUAGAUGAUACAAGUUCUUACCCAACUUUAAGCUUCACGCU